UUUUUAAUGAGCUUGUUGUUGACUUGACUUGUUGUGCCUGCUUAGUGCUUUGAUUUAGCUUGUUGCUUUAUUGUCCACUAAUUUAUAUUGUAUAUAAAAUAACUAGUAGAUACGUGGAGAAAAGUUUGUUCUAAAUUUUUAUUUAUGUGUACAAGGACCAUAUAAUGUUCAUAUUUAUUGCCGGUAACCUCAAACUAUAAUAAGUAAUAUGGGAGAAACAACUUGUUAUAUUCUUGAUAAUGGAGCCUACACAGCUAAAGUUGGAUUUUGCAACAUGGAACCAAAAAUCGUUCCCAACUGUAUCAUGAAAGCUAAAUCAGAAAGACGACGCCCCUUCAUUGGUUCGCAAAUUGAUGAAUGUCGAGAUGCUUCAGGCUUAUUUUAUAUUUUACCCUUUCAAAAAGGAUUUCUUAUCAACUGGGACACGCAAAAGACAGUGUGGGACUAUAUAUUUAGUAAAGAAUGCUGCCCAGUCAACUUUAGUGAGACACCACUAAUAAUAACAGAACCUUUGUUUAAUUUUGCUUCCAUACAAGAGGCUAUGACUGAAAUAUUCUUUGAAGAGUAUGAAUGCCAAUCAUUGUUACGUAUAAAUGCAACUGAUUUAGCUGAUUAUCACUAUCGAAAGUUAAACAACAAUGAAUGUACACUAGUGGUUGAUUCAGGUUAUAGUUACACAUACAUAGUGCCAUAUAUAAAAGGUAAGAAGUAUAAAGAAGGCAUAAGACGAAUUGAUGUAGGUGGCAAAGUAUUAACGAACCAUUUGAAGGAAGUUUUGUCAUAUCGGCAGUUGAAUGUUAUGGAAGAGAGUUAUGUUAUUAAUCAAGUGAAAGAGGACUCCUGUUUUGUGUCUCUUGACUUUAUGAAGGAUAUGGAACUGGCAAGACAGAAAGGUCCCAAAAACACUAUAGUUAAGGAUUACGUCUUACCAGAUUAUACAACGUUACGGAGAGGAUACCUGCGUGACAUUGUUAAAGCAGAUGAAGAAUUGGAACAACAAACCUUGCGUCUUAACAAUGAGAGGUUUGCCAUUCCGGAGCUGUUAUUCCGACCUGCCGAUGUUGGAAUACCGCAGAUGGGCAUACCUGAAUCAAUAAUACAUUCAAUAGAUUCCUGCCCCGAAGAGGCUAAAGAAGGUCUAUUGCAAAAUAUAGUCCUAUUCGGUGGGGACACCUUAUUUCCUGGUUUUCGUGAACGUGUUUAUAAUUCUGUUAGAGCUCUCGCGUUAGACCAUUUUGAUGUAAAUGUCACCUUAGCUGAAAAUCCCAUCACAUACCCAUGGGAAGGUGGAAAGCUUUUAUUUCGUGAUCCAGAAUUCUACUCUUUCUGCAUGACAAAAGAGGAGUAUGAGGAAGAAGGGAAGGCAUUGGCGUUUGAAAGAUUUGACAUUUAACGUCGGAAACGAGCAAGGAAAUCCACCGAAUAGGAUCACUUGCUCGUAAAAUAAUCCCUGGUUAUGGCAGAACUUUUUCGAUGCUACUUUGGGACAUUAGCCAAAAAGAUAUCUCAAGUCAAAAAUAUGAUAUAGCCGUUGGUUGUUUCGAUAUUUAUUUGAGAGGACAGCCUAUAGAAUAUGUGUAAAAGUGCGUGAUGAGUGACGCUCAGUGUGCACUUGUUGCAAUGUUUUUCAACCCGCUCCUUUGCUUGGAACAGUUCAGUUCAGUCUGAUUUACAUGUAAUCUAUAAAGUCAAAGUAAUUUUAUUGAAAAAUGUGAAUGCGCUUACAUUUCAGAGAGAUUACUUUUACUUAGUGUAUAUGCAAUACACAAACCAAUAAUCACCUCAUAAGCGCAAGCACAGCGUUUGAGGUAUUGCUCUACUCUCGACAUGUCAAAAAAGCAUUUUUCUCGAAACUGAAAUAGAUUUUUUGUUAUUUAUAUCGCACUUUCAGGUUAAUAUGAGUGUACUUAUAUUAAAUCAAAUAAUCUGACGUAAAUAGAAUAUAUUUUUAUCAGUGGGAGGCUCCUUUGCACAGGAAGCCGGCUAGAUUAUGGGUACCACUUCUGCUGUGAAGCAGUAAUGUGUAAGCAUAACUGUGUUUCGGUCUGAAGGGCGCCGUAGCUAGUGAAAUUACUGGGAAAAUGAGGCUUAACAUCUUGUCUCAAGGUGACGAGCGCAAUUGUAGUGCCGCUCAGAAUUUUUGGGUUUGUUGAGAAUCCUGAGCGGCACUGCAUUGCAAUGGGUAUGGCGUAUCAAUUAAUCUCAGCUGAACGUCCUGCUCGUCUCGUCCCUUAUUAUCAUAAAAAAAUACCAAUAACAAUUAUUCUGUUUAAUAUAGUAAAUAACAUUAAAAGUAAUGCUAAAUUUCAGAUAUGAGCUUCAACAUAUUUUUUCUAUAACUUUGUCGACGAACUCGAUUUUAAAAAGGUCGCGAUGGAGAUCGCUGUUUCGUAUGUUUCAAACUGCGUUCACAAUUUCCUGAAUAGUUUUUUCUGGAAGUGUUGUAUGAUUUGAAUAUUUGUUUGUUUGGUUCUGCCCCACAGCUGGAUCCCAUAAGUCCAUUGGGGAAAAUAGUACUUAAAUCUGUAGGUCUAUUGUGACCCUAAAUAUGUUCGGACGCACACCCUAGUGAUGUCUAUGCUCGUUGUUAUAAGGUAGUUGAGCAAACAUUUAGAGAAAUUUCUCCUUGCACAAUUGGAGUUCUUAAUUGUAUCUAAAUCACACCCACCAGCCUUUAUGAGGCGCCGUAUCCUCUGCCUGGAGUUAAGGGCUUUAGGCAUCCUGUCCUCACUGUGGCGAUGGGCCACAUUUGUUAAGGGUAAUAAAAUAUUCAAGAUAUCAGCAAAUUUCCUGGGUAUAGCCAUUAUUAACUUGCAAAUAAGCACUUUAUGACAAGAAAAUAGCGGGUCAACUAUGGACUCGUACAGCAAAAGAUAGGACAGAAUGGAAAUUUUUGGAGGAGGCCUUUGUCGGAAGACAAGCUGUACCACAGUAAAGACCGUUUGCCGAUAGUAUUUAGAGGCACUUUUUUUUAGUAACUAAUGUGUAAAAAUUUGUACAGCAAUAAAGCCUUUUUUUUAUUUUAUUUUAAGUACUUUAUGAAAAGCCUGCACUACAUCUAUGGUGGAGAAUUUUUAACUCUUUGUUAAGGCCUUUUCUAUAAAAUUGGAUUUUCUAUGCACUUUAUCUAUGGAUUGGUAUUACUCGGAAACCAAACUGGUGUUCUGGAUUCUUCUAAAUUAGGUGUCCCUUGCAUCAAUUCAACAAAAAUUUUAACUUGCUUGUAUAUAUAGCUGAAUCUGCGAAUAUCUGAACUCAUAUCAUUAUUUUGAUACAUAAUAUGAAUUUAAAGAGAUAUAUAUAUAUAUAUAUAUAUCUAUAAUAAGAACUUGAACAAUGAAUACAAAAUUUAUUCAAGUAAAACUUGACACAUUAUUAUGUAAACACUAUUAAUUGUAAUUAAAUUAAAUUUGUUAUAAACAACGAUUUCAAAAGUCGGCGACACAUCCCUGGUAUUGCACAUCUCAAUGGGCAUCUGGUUUUAGCUCUAAUAUGAAAGUGGACCUAAUAUUAAAAACAAAUGACUUUGAAUUAAACAUUUUUUACAACAUUUCAUGUAGUAUUAAAUUUGUCAUAGCUGUUGGGUUCAACAUCACUUCCGAACAGAUUAGCGUAUUCAAGUGUUCAAUGUUGUACACACAUUAAGUAGUGUAAGUAAAGAUAUAGGAAAUUAAACAAUUAAUUUGUA